GGUAAGAGUGAGGUGAUGGAGGUGAGGUGAUAGUGAGUUCAUUGAGUUGAGGAAGGGGUGAUGAAUGUGAGGGACAAUUUGGCGAACCAGCAGGUAAUAGGCAGAAGAGAGGAAGGGCGCAUGCGCUGGACCGGCGCGCGGUGUCUUGAAGGAGCCGUCACCGGAAGUUGUCGUUAACGGUUGUUUCUUCGGUUUAAAAAUCCCCUCCCCGCCCCCACGCCCCCUCCCCCCACCACCCCAUUCACUCACGGGGACACGGUGAGCGAACGGCCCGGGCUUCCGCAGUGUCUGCACGCAUCGGGGGCUCCCGGACCGCGGGCAGAACUCAAUCCUUCUGCCUCCUGGAGAGGCCCCACUUCAGCAGCCCGGUCCGCGGGGAAAGAAUAUUCACUCGAUGGGGAGCAACAGAGGACCCCUUUGUGUCGCCUUCCCAACUGUAUGCUGCAAAGGAAGCAUUUCGUCUAUAAUGAAACUAGUAUUAACUGAAUGGAAAUUAAUAUGGAUUUUUAAUAGACAAUAAAUAAGCCAUAAUCCAAAGUUUUUACCAAUUAGCUUUCUUUUGGUAUAUGGUUUUUUGGAUACAUUUAAAGGAAAUUGCAGAAAAGUGCUGAAUCUACGAUUGAACAAAAAAAACCGAAGACACCUUUUCGUCCCAACAAAAGCACAAGUACAUUUUUGUGGCAGCAAUGGCUCCACAGAAUGAAGAGACAGAAUCUAUGCAAACACAAGAAUUGUCCACAAAAUUGAAAAAGAAAAGGGAUGGCAAAGAGAAUGGUGAUGAAACAGUUAGUGAGGAGUCCAUUGAUCGCAUUCCUGUCAAAUUAUGGGUAAUGCAUGGUGCAGUGAUGUUUGGCAGGGAGUUCUGUUAUGCUAUGGAAACUGCCUUGGUUACACCGGUAUUGUUGCAGAUAGGUCUUCCAGAACAAUACUACAGUCUCACCUGGUUCCUUAGCCCAAUCCUGGGGUUGAUCUUCACUCCUCUGAUUGGUUCUGCAAGUGACCGCUGCACCUUGACCUGGGGCCGUCGGCGACCUUUCAUUCUGGCUCUUUGUAUUGGAGUUCUCUUUGGCGUUGCCCUAUUCUUAAAUGGAUCUGUCCUAGGUCUAGCCAUUGGAGACAUCCCUGACCGUCAGCCAAUUGGUAUAGUCCUGACUGUUCUAGGUGUAGUAAUAUUGGACUUUUGCGCAGAUGCAACAGAGGGACCAAUCCGAGCUUAUUUGCUGGAUGUGGCAGACACUGAAGAGCAAGAUCUGGCACUCAAUAUCCAUGCCUUUUCUGCAGGUCUGGGUGGAGCUGUUGGCUACAUGUUGGGUGGUUUAGAUUGGACACAGACCACUUUGGGGCGGAUCUUCAGAUCACAACAACAAGUCCUCUUCUUCUUUGCAUCCAUCAUCUUUUCUGUAUCUGUUGCUUUACAUCUUUUCAGCAUUGAAGAAGAGCAGUAUAACCCGCAACAAGAUCGCAUUGAUGACGAAACUGAGAUACGAUCAACUGUCAAAAUAAAUGACAGUCUCCCACCUAUCUCUCAGCUUGAUGUGGCCCAUGAGGAUGGGCGUUUCUCUGCUUCAGUCUUCCCUCAUGAAACCACCUCUGUGCAAGAUGUCGAUCUCAACUUCCUAGAUGUAAAUAUUGGACGGAGCCAAAGUGACUCUGUUUUGCACAUGCCUGAUGCAACAAUAGAAGUUGAACCAGAGUUGUUCUUUUUGCGGGACAUUGAACCUUCUAUUUUUCAGGACCAAUGUGAUAGUAUGUGUCACUCUUCUUCAAGUUUAUCAAAAAGUUAUAAUCAGGAAUUGAUGUCCAGGUUCAAUCAAGUGUCUGCUUUGCUCAGGGAACAUGAACAUGAAGAUUUUUCUCAGUCUGAUCUGAAGACUGAUUCCAAAAUGGCAAAUGGACGUGCUGAUGACCUUAUCAAUGGUAAUAUUAGUCAUAACAUGUCCAGAAUUGGAAUGAAGCAAUCAACCACCAGCAGCUCCAUGCGCAGGCGACGGCACAUGUUCUACCGACAGCCAUCUCACACUUUUUCAUACUAUGGCAAGAUGGGUUCUCAUCGUUACCGCUUUCGUCGUGCCAACGCCAUUGUCCUCAUCAAAUCCUCACGGAGUAUGAAUGAUCUGUAUGAUCUACAGAAGAGACAAAGGCAGCGACAGAGAUUGCGUAACCAGAGUGGUGUGACCAAUUCAAGCAGUGAUACAGACAGUGAGGAAGGAGAGACUGAGACUACUGUAAAGCUUCUAUGGCUGUCCAUGCUGAAAAUGCCAAAGGAACUAUUAAGGCUUUGUGUAUGCCACCUUGUAACUUGGUUUGCAAUGAUUGGAGCUGCAGUUUUCUACACGGACUUCAUGGGACAGGUUAUCUAUAGAGGCGAUCCAAAAGGUCCUCCCAAUUCUACUGAGCUGUGGAACUAUAACACUGGUGUACAGAUGGGAUGCUGGGGGCUAGUUAUUUAUGCAGUUACUGCUGCCAUCUGUUCAGCUAUUUUGCAAAAGUACCUGGACAAUUAUGAUUUGAGCAUUAAAGUUAUCUACAUACUGGGAACACUGGGAUUUUCAAUUGGUACUGCAGUGAUGGCUAUUUUUCCAAAUGUUUAUGUGGCAAUGAUAAUGAUCAGUACUAUGGGCAUAGUGUCUAUGAGUAUCUCGUAUUGUCCGUAUGCUCUUCUUGGGCAAUACCAUGAAAUGAAAACGGAAUCACAGCCCUGGAAACUCCAAGAGGGGCUUUGGUAUAGAUUGUGCAAUCCUGUCCUGCCAAGUUUAUAUUUCCCAAAUACUGGUAGCAUCAGCACUAGGCAGUGUGGUGGAAGCUGUUGGUUCAGUUCGAGUUAUCCCUAUUGUGGCAUCCAUUGGUUCAUUUCUUGGCUUUUUGUCUGCCUUAUUUCUUGUCAUAUAUCCAGAGAAUCAGCAGGACACAGGAGAGGAAGAUAAUAGAGAGACUCUUAUGGCAGAAGCAGACAAAAAUACAGAGAAGCCAGUUGUUUUGAAGCUGACUCGUAAAGGCACCAUCUCUAAUGUGGAAAUUGAGUCAGCUGUGUGAACUGGCACAUUAGCAAAGCAUUCCAGAAAUUGCAUGAUCCGACAUAUGCAAUGAAUUCCUGUCCUCCUGCAGUCUUAACCCACCUUGCAAAAAACAAACAAAAACUAACUCCAUUAGGUUCUGGUAAAAGUUUGCCCCAGCAAUCUGGUAUUAUGUACUAUAAAGCAAAAUGGUUUCACGGACAUUUUAUUUUAAAAAUAAGUUUUAAGUGAAAACUUUUCAAAGAUUUGUGUUGAUGUACCAAAGGCGGCUAGUCCAUUCGGGGAAACAAGUUGCCUUGAUUGACUGCAAACAUACCAUUUUGUAACUAGUAAAGCUUUUCUAUUUUCCCUCAUCAAUCUAUUUCCUAAAAAGCCACUUUGAAAAGUCUCCAUUAAUAUUUGGUACACUGAUAGGAUUGAAUUUUUACAGUUUCAAUCUUGGCAUAAUUGGAAUGUUAAAAUUGUAAUUUUGAACACUAAGGUGCCAUUGAUUUUUUAGUGUGGAAAUAUCAGUUAUAGUCUAAUUUCUUUCCUGGGCAGUUUUAAUUUUUUCAAAUGGCAUGAUGCCUUUUAUAUGUCACCGUCAAUCAGAUAAGCUACAAACAUAUUUUAUUUCUCCCUAUAAAUCUAGGAAGCAAUCGGAAACCAUAUUUUCUCAAACCAGAUGAGCAUCAUUAACUAGUUUUACUUAUUAACUAAUUGUGGCGAGCCAUAUGAAGAAUAAGUUGUGUGAAAUAGACAGCUGUCUUAGACAUAGAACAUUUGUAUUAAAUAGCUGAGACUGUUUUGUCUAAUGUUCUCUGAUAGGCAACCAGAAAAUUGACCUCUUGUAAAUGACCCUAUGCUGUUAUUACCUUAUUCUAGAUAGCAGCUGUCCAGGUUUUCCUUAGAUUUUGAAAGGAGAAAUUUAUACUAUAAUACUAUCUUUGUUUUUUAUCUUCAAUGGAAGAAGUGGAGAUCAAACAUCUGAUGUGAACGCCAACACAAUUGAUUAAAUCAAGACUAAGUGAAGAAAUUGCCCCGAAAAUACAUAUGGUUUACAAAUCCUUACUGAGUUGUGAAAAAGAUCUAUCUUCAUUGUGAAUUUCUUGUACUCUGCUAGCUAGACAUGUACACGUUCAAACUGUAUGGUUUUACUCUUUCAUACAAGGUUCUGUUCAUCAAUGCCUGUACGUGUUAUGAGUUUUUAAUUUUACAAAAUAGGACUGUUCCUGCUAGUCUUUUUUGACCUUUUUUCCUCUUUCAGACUGAUGGAGUGUCUUCACUGCUCCCAAUAUGGAUUCAGAGCUUUAAUUUGGUUUGAGACUGCUUUUGAGUUUGUGGUAUUUCCAACUGAUAGUCCCAAUGCACUAGUCUAGAAGUAAUGGUUUAGCAAAUCCCUUUCUAUUGAGGAAAUCAAUUUAUACCUGAAAUUCUAUCAAUAGGAAAACAGAUUCAGGUAGCCCAAUUAAGGUUAUAUUUUACCUUAAAGUAAGGAUGAAAGUUCAAGAAACGUCAGUCUUUUUGAAAAUUAAUCUGGGGCUAAAGAAGUCUGAAACUAAAUGUGGCCUAGUUUUUGUAGAUAAAAUUGAGGUGGGUUGAAAUUUGUCUAUUACUACCAGGAAAGGACAGCGAAAUGCAGAAUAAAAGUAAUUUGUUGUACAGGAACUCUUCAUCUUGGAGUAAAAGAAAGCUACUUGUAAAACUUCAAUCUUUUCAGGAUUAAUUUGGAUUGCACCCACUAAAACAUCAUUCUCUGAGGGAGUGCUAAUCGCUACCUUUUUUUGUUUUCUUUUUGCGUGCAGACGAAUCAAAUAAAUGUUGCAAUAAUUUAUCGAUCUUUGUAAAAUAGACUUCUGAAUGCAUGCAGAAACUGCUUUUUCAUCAUCAAGAAAACAAUUAUAUUGCUGGUAAAAUCUCUUCUAAAGUUCAUUGCUCGUACUUGAUGUUUGGGUGCAGUGCAAGGAUGUGUUUGGAACAAAGGCAUCAUUAGUCAAACCAAAUAGAAGAUGACAAAGGAAGGACGUUUUUCAGAUUCUGUAGUUCAACACGUUGGUUCUGUAGCAUCAUUAUGCUGACUACUAAAGCAGAACUCUGAAUGUAGUAUACAUGGUUUUUUGAAAUGCUAUGGCAAUGCAACAGAAAAAUUACACACAGGUCUACAUCGAAAGACUUUUAAACAUAUUUUCAAGAUCCUAUUUAUUUUGCAAUUGUAUUUUGAGUUUUUUUGUUUUAAAAUACUACUGACUUUACCAGACCCAAUCUACCAAAAUGCUAACUUGUGUUGGGUGCAGUUUAUAUUUGAGUUGUUUUUAAAACCGGUAUCUUCCUUGAAUUUUAUAAAAGUUAGCUUUCUUUUUUAUACUUGUAUGGGAAUAAAUUAAAGUGUAAUGCUCUUUGAUUUUUCUGAGCUUGUCAAAAUUAUAAAUCUGUAGCUAACUCAUGUCCAGCAAAAGUGGAACUUCUCACUGUUCAAACUGGACUUUGAAGAUAAUGGGAAUGUGCAGUAUUUUAUGAAUACUCGAUGCAAUUUGUAACCUCUGUCCUAUGAUAAUGGGACAGAAUGUGGGAAGAAAGCUAUUCAAAUACAAAUUUAAAUUUAUUUAUUGACAAUGAAUAAAUCUUGUUUAAUAGUAUGACUUUUCACUUAAUACAAAGAAUUGAGCUUGGUUGCACCACCAGUAAAAUGUAUCCAGUUGAUAAUGUAGAAUGUGAGCAUGUUUGUCUUCAAAACAACUCUUCAAUUAUGGAGAAUGGCCGGCUUGUUUGUUUUAGUUAACAUGCCACAAAGAUCUUGCAUUUGACCCAUCCACAAACAGCUGAAAAAUGCCAAAACGCUGGUGAUUGCUCCAGAUUUGCACAGCAUGUAAAUGGUGUUUCUCUUCUGUAUAUUUAAGGUUCACCAAAUUUAUCUAUGUUAAUAGGUCUAUGGAUUUUAGGUGGCUACUGUCACCUUGUAAUUAUUGAACUGCACUUAGAUGGAAUGAUGGAGGAAACACAUCAAAUGCCUCCAAUAUAUACCAAUCGCUUCUACAAAGGCAUCUCAUUUUAAAUAUGGUUCCGUAGUGAACUGGUCAAAAGAUGACUGCUUUUUUUAAUCAACUUAUUAAGUUGGGGCACUAUAGCUCUUGCUGAGUGGAAAUAUUAAAUGUGUUAAACACAUGCUUUAGUUGUUAAAAAAAGGGAUGAAAGCAAAGAAUGUGUAAGAUAGAAUGAAAUGAGUGACUUAAUGGCAUAGACUUAUUUCUAUAUUUUCAAGCUUUUUUGUUGGACAAAUUGAAAAUGAGUCAUUGCAUGAAACAGUGACUUUGUUAAGCACUUUCCAUUUUAACUGUGUAUUCAAUUGAUUUUAAAAGAAAAUUAGAAAAAUUCUAUUCUUCCAUAUAGUGUUUCAAUAUAUUCUAUUUCAUGAAAAAUAAAAAUUUCAGUGAAAAUAUUUUUGUCAAUGUGCACUUAGUUCUACUGCUGUUUCUUUGUUACAUAGUUUAUACUCCUGACCAGUUGAGAUUUGCUGACCUGUAAAUUAUCUCCUGAUAAAUUUGCUUAACUGCAAAUAAACAUCCACUGCAUUGUGCAAUCACAUCAAAUGUACUGGCAGUUGACCAGAAUGCAAAACUCAAAUUGCUCCACCAACUUUUUUAAUUCUGCACUGUAUAACCUGGUGUGGUUUCUUUCGAGGAUGCUGAAGUUCAGACUGUGUAGUUAUUGACUGUUCCGCUUGGUUUGUUAUCUGAGCACCUUGAUCCUGCUCAUGAUUGCUAUAAAUUCUAAAUUGCUGCAAUUUUACAGUUAAAUGUUGGCUGAGGUUGUGUUCUGUAUUCUGUCUUUACCAUUUAUUUCUCCUUUCUCCUCCAUCCUUCUCCUUCCCAGUUUCAUAUUUUGCAUCUUGACCCUUGGAAAGGGUAAGUAGCCAUAUUUUUGAUAACCCCAUGCCUUUCUGGUUGCACUAUAUCUGUCAUCUCAACAAUGUGUGCAUCUUACCCUUGUUCCUCUUUAAUAUGCUGUUCUUGAUUUUUUUUUUUAAAUUCAUGAUAUUCUUUCAGGAAUGGAACACUUAAGCCUGUUCAUGUGACCCUAUGGUAAUUAAGCAUAUGGGCUCCCAUGUGCACCUGCAAGCAGCUCUUGCAUAGAACAAAAUAAAACCUUCUGUAAUAAAAAAUC